CUAGCCCCCACUCACCCACUGCACCCCGGAAUCCCCUCCUCACCAAAACGGCAACAAGAAAAAAAAAAAGAAAAAGAAACACACCAACGCGAACCCAAAAACCAAAAAGCGAACGAAACAUUUCGCCGCCGGCCGCCGCAACGACGCCGGCCACGGCCACCGCCACCGCGGCCACCAUGUCGGCGCCCGCCCCGAAGCUGCAGCCGGACGAGCGGGCCAACCUCCUCUCGCUGCUCGCCGCCGCCUCGCGCCCGCUCGCCGACGUCGUCGCCGACUUCCUCUCGCGGUUCCCCCGCGAGCGCCGCCUCCGCGUCGGCGCCGCGCUGGGCUUCCUCCUCGAGGACAAGAAGAUGCUUCAUCCUACUGGUCGGUUAAUUGCAUUUGCUAUUCUUCACCAGAGUUAUUCAUCGGAGCUGGCAAACCCAUAUGUUCCACUUUUGUUAAAUGCAGCCUGUGAUGAAACAUCAGAAAAAUCAGAACGAGUAUUUGUCCAACUUUUGUUGACUUCGGCUAAUGGAAACAAUAACACUGAGGUGCUGAAGCAGUCAGCUGUAGAUUACAUAAAUGGGUCUGAUUCUGCAUCUCAGGCCUUACUGCCACGAGAACAACUUGAGAAGCUAUGCUGCAGUAAUAGUGUAGAGUCUCCGCCUCAGACCAGUAGUUUUAGUAAAGCAACUGUUAGAUGUGCUAUAUUGGAUCCAGAUGUACCUCACAGUUGUGUAAAUUCGUCAGAGCCUAGCAUAUCACUGCCUGGAACCAAACCAAAAUCUACUACUGACGAUAGAGAUUCUACUCUUGAUGGUUUACUCCAAGAAAAAUCAUGGGGAGGCUUGGGUCCACAAUGGAUACGACCCACACCCCCAAGACUUCACAUACUUGAUGGAGAGCUACAAUGGUUGAACCCUGACAACAACCACGAACUAUUAUGGGAUUAUAGCAUGUGUGCUGACACAAGUCGAGGUGCUGCUAUCCGGGAUUUGAUUGCAAGAGCCUUGAAAGGUCCACUUGCGCCUGCCCAACAAGAGCAAGUCGUAAUAGAACUGGCAAAGGACUCAAAGUUGGUGUAUCAUUGCGGGAUGACUCCACAGAAGCUCCCUGACCUUGUUGAACACAACCCACUAAUUGCUGUUGAAAUUCUUUCGAAACUGAUGAACUCUACGGACAUUGAUGGUUACUUAGAUGUACUUGUGCAUAUGGAGAUGAGCCUGCAUUCUAUGGAAGUUGUAAACAGACUUACUACUGCUGUAGAACUCCCGACAGGGUUUGUCCAUGAGUACAUCUCAAAUUGCAUCCAAUCAUGCCAGAACGUUAAGGAUAAAUACAUGCAAAACAGGUUGGUGAGACUUGUUUGUGUUUUCCUUCAGAGUCUCAUCCGAAACAAGAUCAUAAAUGUUCAAGACCUCUUCAUUGAGGUACAAGCUUUCUGCAUAGAGUUCUCACGGAUAAGGGAAGCAGCUGGCUUGUUCCGGCUGCUCAAAUCUCUGGAGUGAAGAAAUGAGCUAUAUAUUGGUCGUAUCAUCUACUGUUUGGAGAUUUCUGGUUUUGGUUAGUUCUCUGGACUCUGGGUGCUCAAGGCCUGGUGAUGUGUACCAUUUUCUUACAGAAUCUGCAGCACCCUCGCGGCAGUGCACACGCUUGAAAGAGUUGUUAAGAGGGCUAUACCAAGAACAGACUACUCGAUUUUAUACUUGUUGCAAAGUUAGAUUUUAUGCUUGUAAGUCCACUGUACGGUGACAAAUAAUAGAUGCAUGUUUUGAUAUAAUCUUCAAUAUCUGUAGCUUUAUUGGAAAAAAAUUCCGACACUUGUAGUCUAUACGUUUACUCGGCGCAGCAUAGUCGGAUAUUAUAUUCCAAAUUUAGUUGCCAUUCUGAGGUAACACAAAAACA